AUGAAUGUCCCCACGUUUGGCUCGGCGGCUCUACCUUCCAUCGGAUGGGGCGGUAUCGUCGUCCUUACUUGCUUCAUCGCCCAAGGGCUGAGUUACGUUCUUUCUACUCCCACCUGGAACCGAUAUAUUCAAACAGAGUGGACAAAUCUUGAGUCGAUCGCUAAGCAAAUUGAUGUUCUUAAAUACACCGUUAACCAAGACUGUCCCGUCGGCGGCGGUGCACCAGCAUUCUUACCAGUAUCCGAAUCCUUAUACCGUCGUUCCCUCCUCGCCUUAAUCGACGUCCUCGGAGAAGCUAGGUUAGCUUUUCGUAUGUCAUUUGCGAAGCUGGAUCAGUUAUCCAGGAUGAUUAAGUUGAAAGACCCAUCUCCUUCUCAAGCUCUUCGACCUGGUGUCGCACGCAGACCUCCCGCGGAUGCGCUGCGGGAGAUGUUGGAUAGCGGAUGGGACGAAUUAUGGCCAACUAAUCGUGUAAAAGAGAUGUUGGAUGAAAUGCAUCUCGUUGGAGCAAAUAGUGUUUUAGCCGCGAUAAGAAUUUCGAAUAAUAUCAAUGAUAUGCCAGGAUGGAAACACGCCGAUUCUUUGACGGGCCAAGAAAAUAUUGACAACCUAGCGCGGAGAAUAGAUAGUGAUGGGGGUUUUAAUGCUGACGGCGUCGAAGGUGUUAUCAUCCAGCCUGAUCUUCAGCAAUCGCGAGUUGUUCUGAAGACUAGGCUUCAGUCACUGAUACAAUUUCUUGAGUUUUCUAGAAUGCAAUUUAGAAUUUUUGCGAGCAAAGCUAGCAUCGAGAUGGCGAAUCCAAUCCUCAUAGAUCUCAUUCGAGAUCAUGACCCAAAUCAUGGGGAAGAGGAGGCACCAUUUACGUUUGUUGAUUUGUUGGGGAAUAUUGCCAAUUGGUAUGAAUGUUGGAUACCAGAGUUUCAGGACUUCUUAUAUCUGGUUGAGCACCAGUUGGGCCCGCUUCCUGGGCCGGACUGGUGGGAUGAGGAAGAGCCAGCGGUCGGAUUGAUUGAAGGAAUCGGUGACCCUAACCCAGGCCUAACCAUGGAACUUGAAGAUGGGAAUUAG